AUGCCUGAGCCAAGGCCCCAGCCCGCCCUGGUCCCUGGUGCUCAGCGGCGAGACAACGACAGCGAACCACGACAGCGAACCACGACAGCAGCCAUGGAUCGCUCCAUGCCCCAUAAUGACUCCUGGUUCGACCCCCUCUCGAUCGACCUCAUCCUCAAGGUCCUCAAGACGACCUUCUUCCACCCCUUCAUCUCCUGGGUCAUCCCGCUCUGCUUCCGCGCCCAGAUGAUGGACUGGUCGGCGCUGCCCAUGCUCGUGUCCAUCGCCUGGGCGAGCCUCAUCACCCUCGUCUGGACUCUGUCCGCCAUCAACACGCGCGUCGCCUACGGCCCGCCGCGCCACGUCGACCUCGCCGACGAGGUCAUCGUCAUCACGGGCGGCGCCUCGGGCCUGGGCCUCCUCCUCGCCGAGGUAUACGGCAUGCGCGGCGCCACCGUCGCCGUGCUCGACCCGCGGCCCAUGGAGAACGGCGCCGCCCGCGGCGUCACCCACUACCCCUGCGACGUGUCCGACAAGGCCCAGCUCGCCGCCGCCGCCGCCCAGAUCGAGCGCGACCUCGGCCCGCCCACCGUGCUCGUCAACAACGCCGCCGUCGUCACGGGCCGCCCCUUUGCCGACCAGUCCCUCGACGCCCUCGACCGCAGCCUCGCCGUCAACCUGCUGGCCCCCAUCUACACCCUCAAGACCUUCCUGCCCAGCCUGCUGCGCGCCCCCGACGGCGCCACCAUCGUCACCGUCUCCUCCGUCCUCGGCCGCCUCGGCGCCGCCGGCCUCGCCGACUACGCCGCCGCCAAGGCCGGCCUCUCCGCCCUCCACGCCUCCCUGACCGCCGAGCUGCGCCGCUCCCACCCGAACCUCCGCACCGUCCUCGUCGAGCCCGGGCAGCUGUCGACGCCCCUCUUCACGGCGUCCGCACCCCCAACGCCUUCCUCGCUCCCGUCGGAAGGGACAUGUCUGCGCUAG